CGUGCCGCUCCAGUAAAACCAGCGCUCCCCGCCACUGCGCGCAUCGUCUCCCCGCAGACACAGCACCUCUCCCGGCAUCAUGGCUCAGGUCAACGCCUGCCUCAAGCGCCUCUUCGUCGGCUUCAACGUCUUCUUCGCGAUUGUGGGCGGAGUCAUCAUCGCUCUUACUCCUCUGUUUCGGACCUCCGUCACAACAUCUCAAAAUGCGAACGUUUGGGCCGGCUUGAUCAUCAUCGGUGCCCUGGGCACCGUUACCAUGGUGAUCGCCAUCGUGGGAGCCUGUGGAGCCCACAAGGAGAGCAAGGGGGCCAUGAUCGUGUUCCUGGUCUUCAUGGUCAUCGGGAGUCUGGUUCUGCUGAGGUUCACUUUGCUCAUCACCAGCCAGCGCAUCAACCUGGAGGGUAAUGUGAAGGAGUACUUGCAGGGGUUUUUGCCCCUGGACGAGGCAAGCGAGGAGGUCCAGACUGAGUUCAACAGCCUGCAGGAGAUGUCCCACUGCUGCGGUGUGUUCAGCUACACCGACUGGAGGGCGGACAUCCCUAAAUCGUGUGUGUGCAGGCCAGAGGACGAGAUCGAGGGGCUUUGCCAGAGGGUCGGCCACAAAGUGAUGGAGUCUCACUCAGGGUCAGAGAUCUACUCUCAGCCCUGCUUCCCCAUCAUCCUAAACGAAGUCGUCACCAUCGUAAACGUCCUGCUGGGCGUCGUGGCCUCGCUGGCGGCUCUGGCGGUGAUGGGCAUGGCUCUGUCCUCGGCCAUCAUCCACCAGAUGAGGAGCGCCCCCUCCAGGCCGGUCGUGAUGCUGCAGGUGCCGACGACCCUCUUCGCCCCCCAGCUGCCCAAAUACCAGGAGCUGUACAACUCGCCGGCGCACUAGGGGGCGCCGCCCUCAGCCGGACGCCGCACCGCCACCUCCUCCUCCUGACCCCGCCCCCCCACCACCACCUGCUUCGACGAUAACGAGCUGCGGCGGCCAUCUUGUUUAUGUGGUUUUCUUGUUUUGUUUUCUUGUUGUUUCCGUCGGUUGCCGCGGCGGCGGUGGACUGCGUGUCCAAAGUGCCUCGUGUCGCCGUGACGAUUUGUCAACAGCAGCACUGAGCUGCAAUAUGGCCGCCGCCCGGGCCGCCUGGGAGCUGGCCAAUCAGGACAGAGAUAUUCUAAUUUAGUGAGCCAUCAGAAUCAAAUGGCUUUUAUGUUUUUGAAAUACAACAGAUCUGAUUGGUCGCGUGUUGCAGCAGCAGCUCCUGAUUGGCUCAGAUUUUUUUUUUUUUUUUAAUUGUUAAAGUGAAUCUUAUUGGUCGAGCGAAACGGCCUCCAGCUCAUUGGUCGGUGCCGUGAGGCCGAGCUCCUCAAGCGCUUCCUGUCACAAAUUGUAUUUUGUGAUUUUGUGUUUAUUAAUCACUAAAUAAUUCUUUUUAUGAUCAGCUUUGGCAAAUUUUGUGGCCUGUUUUUUUGCUAUUUGGCAAUUUUUUACUUGACUGACCUACUGUGGUCCUGUUUAUGGUAAUUUUUUAGUAAAUUUGUUUUUACUUUUUUGUAGACUUAAAUUCAUUAUGAUUAUUUAAAACAAACAAAUGAUAAUAAAAUAAAAAAAAAAUCAAUGGUUAAUUUUAUGAUCAGUUUUUUGGGGGUAAUUUUUUCCAUGACUUGUGCACCAUGGUCCCAUUUAUUGUAAUUUUUGGUAAUUUUUUUGGUAAUUUUUUUUUUUUUUUAAGCUAAAAAGGGAGUGUGUUCGGGUUUUAAAGGCUCCAAGUCUUCAGGGCUUCAGAUCCGGAUUCCUCGCUGCACUGGAGAGACUCGCCGCCUCAGCUGCUGCAGAAAAGCCACACAAAAAUAAAAAUAAAAAUUGUCACAAUAAUAACUGCAGUGAACAUCUGCAGAGGCACUGGAAUGAAUAAAUAAAUAAAUGGAAAUAUUAAUAUUUUGGUGGCUCAUCAAAGGUCAAAAGCUGGAGAACUGUGAUUGGCCGGCGAUGAUCAGGGUGAUAUCAAUAAAUAAAUAAAUAAAUAAAUGAAUAAAUGAAACGCUGCCAUGAGUUUCUCAGUUUGUUUCCUCUCUUCGGCUGCGUACCGACGGUUUCCUGUGGAAAAUUCAUAUCAUCGUUAUGAUUUUCUGCUCCUGAGUUUGAUGACGAUGAAUCUCUGAGGGACGAAGAUUGUACAGAAAAACUAAAAGGAGAAUUAUUUGUUUUGUGUACUUUCUAUAAAAAAAAAAAAAAACAUUUGUAUUCCGUUGUGUUG